AUGGCUGAACGGUCGAACUUUCUCCGCCUUGUCUCCUGGCUGCUUUGGUUUUCUGCCAGCUCGAUCGCGUUGGCCUCCAAUGUUCCCAGUCCGAUCUCUUUCAACUGGGAUGCUAUUAAAUAUGUCUAUGCGUUCGGAGACUCUUAUUCGUUCGUCCAAGGAACAGAAGGAUACGCCAACUAUAGCUUCAUAGGAGAUUCCUUUAAUCUUGCAUUUUCUCCAGGCCAACUGCUGUCUGAUCACAUCAUUCCAAGAAACACAAGUUCAGAUGCCUCCAACUGGCUCGAAUACUUGACAGGAUGCUUUGGAGGCCUUCCCUCGGCUUGUUCGCGUCAACUCUGGGAUUUCGCAUUCGCAGGUGCUGACAUCAGCUUGGCACUCUUGCCUCAGCACCACAAUUUUUCCGUCCAAAUGGUUGAUCAAGUGAAACAAUGGGCUACUUAUGCUGUUGAUGUCAUCCCACACCCUCCAGAGGAAACGAUGACGGCUUGGUGGAUAGGUAUCAACGAUACAGGCGACACAUUGCAAAAUGCAUCAAUUACAGAUUUUCCCGCAUUCUGGGAAACAGAAAUGGGGGCUUACUUCCAAGCUGUGCAAAUGGCAUAUGAUGGAGGUCUGAGUGGCCCGCAGUUAUUCAUCAACGUUCCUCCAGAAGAACGUUCUCCUGGAUUCGUAAAUGACGCUACGUGGGGUCCAAUUUUAAAGGAGCACAUCGACCAAUACAAUACUGCUCUUACAAAUCACAUCAACAGCUUCGCACAUACCAAUCCUGGAUCCAUCGUGCUCACAUUUGACGCCCAUACUUGGUUCAACCACGUUCUCGACAACGCGGAUCACUACGGUUUUACGAACAUCACUGGCUACUGCGAAUGUACGGAUCCCGGUUACUUCUGGUACAAUACUGGACAUCCCACUGACCACACUCACCGGCUUCUUGCGGGAGCGAUCGAACAACAGCUGCGCGAAGCGUCUUCAUAA